AUGCCCGAGCAACCGCCUCUUCUUCUUGUGGCUGACCUUAUGACAAGCCAAAGGCGGUGGAAUGCUUCCCUUAUAUGGAGGAACUUUGAUCAACAUGUCGCGAAGAAGAUUCUAGCUACUCAUAUUCCGGAUGAUGAUGAACCUGAUUUACUAAGAUGGGGAGGAACACGAAGUGGGAAGUACUCUUUCAAAUCCGGCUAUUGGUACCAAAAUAGGGGUGUUUUGACGUCCUCCUAUGAUAAUGAGAAGUUCUGGAAAGCCUUAUGGAAACUCAAUAUUUUCCCAAAAUGGAAACAUUUCUGCUGGAAAAUCAUCCACCGUAUCCUCCCUACAAAGAUAAACCUUCAAAAAAGAGGUGUCACCACUGAUGUAGCAUGCCCUUUCUGCAACCAAGCGCCGGAAACGGAGGCACAUAUCUUCAGGCUUUGCCCUCUAGCACGAAUGGUUUGGAGGUCAAGUCAAUUGGGUAUCAACUCGGACUCCCAAGCUUCGGUGCCUAUACAAGAAUGGCUGGUCAAUUUUCUACACUACUUCUACAACCAAGAUGGGAAGAAUGAGGAAAGAGUAGUUCAACUGAUCUCCACUUUGUGGGGGAUUUGGCUACACCGCAAUGAAAUUAUCUUUAGAGGCAUGAGUGCGAACCCGGAAAGAAUUCUUGAGCUUGCACAGUCACAUGCCCUUCGCUGGAAGCAAACGAAGGAGGUGAAGGCCAGGCAGGCCGCGAAGACCCCUACGAACGGCAAAAAUACGCACCUACAAAUCUCAAUUUGGAGAGCAGGUGCCUGUACUACCACGGAUUACUUCUCUAUUGUGGUUGAUGCAGCUUGGAAACGAAAGAAAAAAGUCAAGCAAAAAGAAUGGGAAGCGGCCAUAGGAUGGGCGGAAGACUGUAAUCAAUCAACUUCUUGUUCAGGGUCAAAAAAGAUUUUUGCUCAUGACUCCCUUCAAGCUGAAUGCUACGCCAUAUUGGAGGGAACAAAGAUGGCUGCCAAUAUUUCGAAGAAUGUUGUGGUGAAGACAGAUUGCAAGGAAGCAGUUGUUGCCCUGAAAGACGAAACAACAGUCGCUGCAAACAUUCUCACCAUCAUCCAGCAAAUAAAACAGGAAGCAAGGAAAUUAGAUUACUAUGUUUGUAUUAAGGUAAGUAGGGAUUCUGUGGCUAAAGCCCAUAAUCUUGCCCAGCAAGAGAGAAAGGGAUUUAGCGUUUAG